AUGGAAAAUUCAUCCAUAAUUAGUGCCAUCGAUUUGAAUAUUUUGCCAGAAAACGUCUCCUCAACUUUGCAAAAAAAUACUUUCAUUGAUUUAAAUCAUCUUCCAGAAGAUGAUGUUUUUCUUGCCGAUAUCUCAACUGAUGCUAUUCCUAUUAACUCAUUUUCACCACAAUAUACUAUCCGCCAUACUUCCAUCGAUUUGAAUCAAGUUCCUGAAGAUGCUAACUCUCCCGGAAGUUACAUUGCAGCAUCAGAAAACACACGUCAACCAAUGAAAAAGAAAAAUUUCACUACUGCCCUGAAGAGAGCCAUUUACGAAAUGCUACUCAAAGAAUGCGAAAAUGGGAAGUUAUCAAAGGGGGUUAUUUCAAGAGUUGCUGAAUGUUUCGAUAUUUCUACUAGAUCAGUUUCUCGAAUAUGGCAUGAAGGAAAAUGUACUGCUACUGCAUAUGGUCAUCUACCAAAUUUAUCUCCAAAACUUGUGAAGAGGGUUGGUCGUAAGAAAAUUCAAGUCAAUUUGGAAGAUAUAAAGGACAUCCCUUUUCGCCGUCGAACAAAUAUAAGAUCUCUAGCAAAGGCUCUGGAUGUAUCAAAAUCAAGCUUGCAUAGAAGAAUCAAAGAAGAAUCGCUUCGACCACACUCAAAUCCGGUAAAACCAUAUUUGUCUACUGACAAUAAGAAAGCAAGGCUGCAGUUCUGCUUGUCAAUGAUUAGUGAAGGUACACUUGCAUCUAAAUUUUCAUUUGAUAAUAUGCAUGAUCGUAUCCACAUUGAUGAGAAAUGGUUUUACAUGUCCAAGACAUCACAGAGAUACUACCUUCACCCAUUAGAACAUGAGCCUUAUCGCACUUGCAAAAGCAAAAGAUUUGUUCCAAAACUCAUGUUUUUGGCAGCUGUUGCUCGUCCAAGAUAUGAUAUCACCCUCAAUAAGCAAUUCAAUGGGAAAAUUGGGAUUUGGCCAUUCGUGUUCAAGGAACCAGCCAAGCGAAAUAGCAAGAAUCGUACUGCAGGGACUUUGGAAACAAAGCCAAUUUUGUCAAUUACGAAAGAUGUUAUUCGAUCAUGUCUGAUUGAAAAAUUAUUGCCUGCGAUUAGAGAAAAAUGGCCCUGUUCUAGCUCUAAGAUGAUCUUCAUUCAACAAGAUAAUGCAAAGCCACAUUUAGGUAUCAAUGAUGAUGAGUUCGUUGAAGCUGCAAAAAUAGAUGGAUUCGACAUUCGUUUGUGUUGUCAACCCGCAAAUAGUCCUGAUAUGAAUGUCUUGGAUCUUGGUUUCUUUAGAGCAAUUGAUUCGCUUCAACAUCAAAAGGCUCCGUCCACAAUUGAUGAAUUUGUUUCUGCUGUGGAGAAAGCUUUUGAUAUGUUCCCGAGUGAAGAUUUAAACAAGGUGUUUUUGACACUACAAUUAUGCAUGGUUGAAGUAAUUAAAAUUUGUGGUGGAAAUAACUAUAAAAUUCCACAUAUGAACAAAGAAAAGUAUGUUAGAAAUGGGCAAUUGCCAGAUUGUAUUGAGUGUGAGUCUCAAGUUGUCAACGAGGCAAAAAUAGCUCUUUCUAAAAUGGAUUAG